AUGAUUGGAGGUCGGACAUUGACAACUUGGGAGCACACUUGGUUGACUCGGAUAACUGAAAACGUACGGAGGCCAGUUACUCAGGAACCAAGGGUGUGUACAGGUGUGGUGAUUUCCAAGGACUGCGUUUUAACGGUGGCCAGUUGUUUUGGAAUUACCUCGACGCAAUUGCAAAAAAGCGAAUGCCUACCAUCCAACUCGAUAGCACAUUGA